AUGAGAGCUCCCUUGGCAUGCAUGACCGCGUUGGUGGCAUUUGCUGAGGCACAGCAAUUUUAUAUUACCGCUGAAGGUUAUACUGAGCGUCCUCAGUGUACCCAUGCAGUUCCAUCGCCACAGUAUCAUUUCCGGCAGUUUUCUUAUACUCUUAAUGAGACAGUUCGUUAUGCUACUUCGGUUCCAUCGCCUACCACGACUGGUACAUAUGGGCCACCAUAUUCCGAGGCUGUCAAGCACCUCACUACAAGCCCAGUUACCACCACUUGGGGGAACUGGCUACCUAAUCAAACCGUGGUCACUGCCACGGACACAAAUGACCCAUAUGGCCAAGCGGCAUGGUCCUCCUUAUGGCUACAAGCUGGCCUGGAGAAUUACACGACCACUGGGUUGUAUUCCACCACCGUCAGCCCAACACCGGUUCCCAGUAGUGAACUAGUCCUACCACCACGGGACUACUUCAGACCUACAGAUUGCUACAACUUCCCCGAUGACUUUGUCUUUGGCGUUGCAGGAAGUGCGGCCCAGGUUGAAGGAGCCAUGGGCUUGGAAGGCCGAAGCCCUACUAUCCAGGAGAAGCUGGCGAACACCACUCAGCCGAAGAACUACGUGACGAACGAGAAUUACUUCUUGUAUAAACAAGAUAUUCAACGCCUCGCUGCCAUGGGGGUGAAAUACUAUAGUUUUUCGAUUCCAUGGACCCGAAUCCUGCCCUUCGUGCUCCCGGGCUCGCCGGUCAACGAGCAGGGCAUCCAACACUACGAUGAUCUUAUUAACACAGUACUCGACGCGGGAAUGCUACCUAUCGUCACUCUGCAUCAUUUUGACAGUCCGCUGAUAUUCGUGGCUAGCGACAACACUUCCGCUCAUCCCGAUAUCGGCAACAACAAUGCAGGCUAUCAGAAUGAGACCUUCGUCGACGCCUUUGUCAACUACGCAAAGAUUGUGCUCACCCACUAUGCCGACCGCGUGCCAAUCUGGGUGACCUUCAAUGAGCCAUAUCUUUACUCGUUCAACUUUACCGGUGCCAAUAACGUUGUGCAUGCUCACGCACAAGUGUACCACUUCUACCACGAUGAGCUUAAUGCCACUGGCCAGAUGGGCAUUAAAUUCAAUGACAACUUCGGAGUUCCCCGCAACCCUAGUAAUUCCAGCGACGUCCUGGCCGCGAACCGAUUCCAAGAAAUUCAACUUGGCCUCUACGCCAACCCUAUAUUCCUAGGAGAGCAGUACCCGGACUCGGUCCUGAAUACUCUUCCCGGUGCCAAGCCACUGAGCGAGCAAGACCUCUCGUACAUAGCAAACACCUCCGAUUUCUUCGGCAUUGACCCUUACACUGCAACUGUGGUCUCCCAGCCCGCCGGAGGCAUCGACGACUGCGCAACAAACAGUUCCACGGAUAACUCCUUGUUCCCCUACUGCGUCGUGCAGGAGACCAAAAAUAUCUACGGGUGGAACAUCGGCUACCGCUCCCAGAGCUAUGUGUAUAUUACCCCUACCUACCUGCGGGAAUACCUCAGCUACCUGUGGAAUACCUUCAAGAAGCCAGUAUUUGUGUCGGAGUUUGGAUACCCCGUAUUCAACGAGGCUGAUAAGGGACUGUCGGAUCAGCUGUUCGAUACACCGCGCAGUAUCUAUUACCUCUCGUUCAUGUCGGAGAUUCUUAAGUCAAUCCAUGAAGAUGGAGUGCACGUAAUGGGUGCAUUGGCUUGGUCGUGGGCUGAUAACUGGGAGUUUGGUGAUUACGCGCAACAGUUUGGGUUGCAGGUUGUGAAUCGUACCACACAAGAACGGUACUUCAAGAAAAGUUUCUUUGACUUGGUUGAUUUUGUUGGCGCACGAAUGGGGAGUUGA